ACAUAUGGACAUAAGCACUGAUGACUUCGUCGCAACCUGUUUGGAUUCAGAAGGAAACCAUGUCGUUGACAAUCAUGAUAAUGCUUGGCGUUCUGCUCACAAAUGUUUGCGGAGCUAAACUAUCUGAUAGUAUCGAUAAUCGCGUGGAAAAGCUUGAGGUUCUGCUCCAAAAUAUGAGUGAACAAUUGAAUAAUGAACAUCAGGCUAGAAUAGAAAUGGAAAAACAAUUGAAUAAUGAACAUCUUGCUAGAAUAGAUAUGGAAAAACAAUUGAAUAAUGAACAUCUUGCUAGAAUAGAAAUGGAAAAACAAUUGAAUAAUGAAAAUCAGGCUAGAGUAGAAAUGAAAAAACAAUUGAAUAAUGAACAUCAGGCUAGAGUAGAAAUGGAAAAACAAUUGAAUAAUGAGCAUCUUGCUCGAAUGGAACUGGAAAAAAAGCUUGCUACUACAGAAAGACGGAUCAGCUCACGGCAACUGGCUCACGACCCGGAAAUUGCGUUCCUUGCAUACCGUUCAACAGACGUUUAUUCAUCAUUUAUUGGCCAAGUUAUUGUUUUCGACAAAGUGAUCACUAACAUCGAUUCUACGAACUCUCUUGGUGGUUACAAACAAGGACUUUUCACGGCACCAGUCGAUGGUAUUUACGUGUUUUCGACAACACUAAUGGCACACGAAGGCUCCUCUUCUUCGUACGCGAUAUAUCAUGACAUCAGGCCAGUAGUGAGGCUCGAUUUAAUUUCCGUGAAUCUCUGGUGGUAUUCCGCUUCUGCGAAUGUUGUUCUUUCUUUAUCAAAGGGUGAACAAGUGUCCGUUCGAGAUGAUGUCAACGGCGACCACUACCUAGAAGGUGCAGUUGAUUCAACGGGACAGACCAUGUUCUCGGGAUUUCUUUUGAAAUCGCAUAAUGCUGUUGCCCCAAUUAUUGGUUGA